UUUUGUUCUCUACUCUACAUUGGGUUAGGUAGAGUCAAAGGGAACUUACUUUAGAAACAGGGUGCUUGUUUGCGAGGUUUGCUCUUGCGCUAAGCACCAGGACUAUUCUCAUUCUCCCUGUCUCUCUCCCUCUUCUUCCCUCUCUCCUCUACCGAUCAUUCAGUAUCGUAACUCAUUAGAGGGGUGCAGCAGCAUUUAUUCAGCUCUGUUCCCACUUUUUUUUUCACUUCCACGCGUUGGCCAGACUAUUGUUUGAAGUGUAGCUGUGGUUGAAGAGAGUUAUUCAUGCGAGAGCUAUCAAAGGCCCACGUGCCCUCGCGUGCCGAAUUAAUUGUCUUCACUGGCAGCCUAUCAUCGUCUUUUUUCAUCUCAUCGCAGGGAGUAGAAAAAGUAAAACAACUUUAGCUUUUAGAGCAGUCAGAGCAAGCCUCAACUCCAUGCAGUCACUGGUAUAAGCCUAUGAUGGGAGAAAUCUUUAAAAAUAUUGCAUCCUGAUAGAACAAACUGUUUUUUAUUUUGAAUUAUAUAUACCGAUUUACUGCAUUCUAUUAACUCAGUAAGUCAAAUCAGUAUUUAGUUCAUAUGUUGACUUCAUUUGGUCCAGUCCGCCUAAUAAGCCAUCUCCAGCUGAGCUAGAAGGGCUUAGGAUAAGAACAAUCGCAAUAUUGGCAACCCCGCCUUCACUUGAGUUUGAAAACAUCAAGCAAGGCGGUCAUAGCUACAAGUAGAUCUCUUCCAAACUUGAAUGAGACGCCUAUCAGGUGUAAGCUUACAGGAGAAGAAUUCCACGCCUAAAGUUACACUCUGUUGAAGAACAUAUUCAGAGGUAUACCAUCCAUAGCAAAGCUGACACUCGUAAACAACUCAUCAGAUUUAAGAUGGAAGUGUUAUGUCCGGCAAUAAGAAAAAGCAUGAUGAUGAUGGUGAUGUUCAUUAUCUUACUCCUGUCUUGUUUUCUUCUGGAAGCUGACUUUGUCCAAGCUUGUACCUGUUUACCAAAGCAUCCUCAGCAGCAUUACUGUGACUCAGAUUAUGCAAUCCGAGUGAAAAUUUUCAAGCAAAAGUUGAAGCUACCAAAUGGAAAACGAUACGAGAUAAACGACCCGGAGAUACCUGACCUACCUAUUGAAGUACUCAGUCAGUCACGCAGGGAAUGGUCUGGGGUAAUCCAGAAAGUUUAUAAAGGAUUUGAGAAACUCAAACAUACCACAACGGUUAACAUCUAUUCACCUUUCUAUGAUUCAUUAUGCGGAGUUGGAACUCUCAUUAAUGAUGAAAUCUAUGUUAUCAUGGGUACAUUUGGUCAUGGAGGACUUAAUUUUGAAUUCUGUGAUUGGCAUCAUUCAUGGAAGACCAUCACACCAAAGCAAAGAAAAGGACUCAGAUACUGGUAUGCUGAAAACUGUAGUUGUCAGAUUGAUACCUGUGGACUACAGCAUCCAUGUCGGGAAGCGGAACCAAACACCUUACCUACUAGUUGUGAAUGGGAUGCGUGGCAUAGUAGAUGUACCAAUCAACAUACAGCAUGCGUAAUGACUGCACAAGGCUGCCAAUGGCAUCAAUCAAAAGACUUAAAACAGUGUUUAAAAUCACCUUGAUAUGGAUCAACACACUGAACACUACUCUACACUCAAGUGUUUAACACCUUAAGCAUGUGAUGACACCUUUACCAUCAUUCAUCCUUCAGCUGGCAAAGAUCUUUAUAAAAUUGAUCAAAUUGAUAUGUUUGGGAUGAAAAUUUUCAUCUAAACUAUAGUAUAUAUAUAUACUAUAGUAUUAAUAAGAGAUAGCAAGUUUUCUUAUUGGUUCUGAAGUUAUGGCUUAAACCUCUGAGUGUCUGAGGCUGCAGGGUUUUUAUAACUACACAUUUCACUUUAAAGGAACUGCUCCUCACUUGUUUUCAGAUGAAAUAAACAAAUCAUAUUUUAAAAAGGAGUAUUCUUCCUGAAGCAGUCUGAGGCUAAGAAUUGUGCAUUUCAAAGCAACGCCAUUCCAGAAGCCUGUUAUUUUCUUGUAGGUGAUUUAUUUAUGAAAAUUCAUGAUUUCACUUCACUAUGAAAGUCAAGGAAAUCUAUCUUUAAGUCCAAAUAGUAGAUCAAAACUAAAGACUCCCCCCCCCCAUCCCAGAAAGAAUGAGUUGGUGAAACUAGACACACAUUCUAUUUUUUAUGAAGUCAGAUAUUUUUAAUUAAAAUAUUUAGGUAUCAUGAAAUCAAAAUCAGCAUUAGAAAUGAUAACCUGCAUGUGUCUUAAAUUGUUCAUUUCUCAUUCAUAACCAUAUGCAUUAUUUCUCUAUUUGAGAUAUCUUCAAAACAUGUUAAAAUGUGAAUAUGCCUUGAUUUCAAUUAAUCUUUACAUUUUGUAUCACAAACUGUACAUAAGGGAUGAAAAGAUUAGAUGUUUAAUAGCUGUUUUUUGUUUAGUUUUUUAACAUGUAUAUUGUAUAAUUUUGUACAAAAAAUGUUUUUAUAUACACAUUUUUCUAUUUCUUCAUAUUUUGCUUUGUCUAUUCUUCAUUGCUUUUAUUACAAAGUAUUGUGAACUCAACUUUUGUUUCAAAAUAAUUGUAAACAUUCACACUGAAAAAUUCUUUAAAAAUGAAAAAAAAAACAUCAAAUGAAUCCUCAACUUCUAAAUAAUCCAUCAUUCAUUGCAUACCUUUGCGUACAAUGUGGGUUUAUUUUAGGGACUGAACAAAGACUAGACAGUAAUCACACUUAACAUGCUAAGAAAGAAAAACAAAUAGCAGUUUGUGUAAAUCAUACAAGUAAUCUUCUUAUUUUCUUUCUUAUACCUUUGUAAUGUUUUUUUUUCAAUGUUAUCAUGUACCAUGUGCAAUGUGCUAAAUACUGUAUAAUCAUUAUAUUGUGAUGUGAUGUUUGUGCUAUUUUAUUUGAUGUUUGUAAAUUAAUAAAUGAUGGAGAGGCAUAUAUGAAGGUAGGAGAAUUAAAAAAGAAAAAAAGUAAAGAUUGCUGAUGGAAAAAUAAAAUACUGAAGCAACACCAUGGAAAUAAUUGAAUUCAAAAGCGAAAAUCAACUUUUAAAAUUUCAUAUUUUGUAUAAAAAUAAAACAAAUUAAAAAUACAUGUAGCAAUGACAUAUUUCCCAAAUGAAUGUAUGUUGAAACCAACCUAAUUAGGUGGAUACUACAGAUUUAUAAUUAAAUAAUGCACACCUGAAUCACCUGAAUAAAUGUACUCUUUAAUUGCAUUUUCAGAGAAAUUAAGAUCUGCUUAAUGAUAUAGUUAUCAUAAUGCAAUAAUAAAGGUAUGGAAUUGUACUAUAGAGCAUAUUCUAAACAAGAUUUCCAUGGGAAACUUAGAGAUUAUAUGCAGUGCAUAUUAGUGUUCAACAAGUUCCAAAUUUAGAUCAAUUCGGAAGGUGAAGGUUCAUUCAUGUUGUAUAUUCUGCUUUGUGCA